AUGGCGACACAACUGAUGCCAAAUCCUCCACUUACUGCUGCAGAAAGGGCCUGCCGAUCAGUAUUUGUUGGAAACAUUCCAUAUGAAGCUACAGAAGAACAGCUACGAGAUAUAUUCACACAGGCUGGACCUGUAGUAAGCUUCAGACUUGUAUACGACAGAGAAACAGGGAAGCCCAAAGGUUAUGGAUUUUGUGAGUACCAAGAUGUUGAAACUGCGCAGAGUGCCAUGCGCAACCUUAACAACUAUGACUUCAAUGGUCGACCACUACGUGUGGGUGUGGCUGCAGGGGAGCAGAACAGAGAUGAAAUGAAGGGCAUGCAACAGGCCAUGGGGGGCCCCCUGCUAGAGAGUCCAUUUGGAGACCCAACAGAGCCAGAAAAAGCCCCAGAAGCUAUUUCCAAGGCUGUAGCCAGUUUACCACCAGAACAGAUGUUUGAGCUGAUGAAACAGAUGAAGAUGUGUAUCCAAAACAACCCAACAGAGGCUAGAAAUCUACUUUUACAAAACCCUCAGUUGGCCUAUGCUCUCCUACAGGCACAGAUUGUAAUGAAAAUUGUUGAUCCCCAGGUUGCCAUGGCUAUGUUACACAGAGACACUAACCAGAUUCCACCAUCGAGUGUACCUUCUUCACAGCCUGUUAGCUUACCACCUCAGCUUAGAAUGCCCAACACAUCGGUGCCCCAGGGACCACCAAACUCCAUGGGAGGACCAAUGGGCAUCAACAUGGCUUCAGGUCCACAUGGACCAGGCGGUCCAGGCCCUCAUGGUCCUGGAGGCCCCAGCUCCCAUGGCCCAGGGGGACCAGGUCCACAUGGUCCAGGAGGUCCAGGUCCACAUCCAGGGGGUCCACAUGGGCCAGGAGGCCCUGGACCACGUGGCCCUGGGGUCCCUGGCACUCGUGGUCCUGGAGGCCCAGGUCCUCAUGGCCCAGGAGGGCCAGGACCAGGGGGACCAAGAAUGGGUGGGCCAGAAAUGAUGGGCAGACAACAGGGACCUUUGAUGGGUCCAGGUGGUCCUCAGCCCAACAUCGGAGGGCCUCAGUCUAACAUGGGAGGACCUCCAAUGCGGGCAGACAUGGGAGGUCCUCCUCAGUCUCGUGCUGAACAGAGAGACCCCAGGAUGGGAGAUGGGCGUGGUAUGCCUCAAAGAUCUGUUCCCCAGGGAGGAGCCCCAGCUGGUAUUCCUGGACUGCCAAAUCUUUCAUUGGGUGGCCUACAGUUACCAGGAGGUAUGCCAAAUAUGUCCGCAGGAGCCUCAAUCUCAGCACAAGAUCAAGAAAAGGCUGCUUUGAUCAUGCAAGUGUUACAGCUAACAGACCAACAGAUAGCCAUGUUACCCCCAGACCAGCGCCAGAGUAUUCUCAUCCUAAAGGACCAGAUAGCCAAGAGUGCAAACCCGUAGAUACUGUCAUUAUUUUCUUACACUGACCAUUUGGUGUUUAAAGCAGGCAUGGUGCACUAUUAGGUAGACAAGCUAUGAACUCUCUGAAAUUUAGAGUAUAGCAUGAAAUAUCAUUAUUGUGCAUUCCAAACUGAAGUACGUUACUUUUAUAUGAAAUAGAACUGAAUAGCUGUUUGCUCAAAGUAAUCAGAGUCCAGCAGUAUGAAUAAUGUACUCGUGUUUAGGAGUAUGUAUGUCACCUGGCAUGGUAAUAAUGCUGUUAAUGUUUGAUCUCUUGAAAAUCUUGGAUUUUUACAAUUCAUUAAAUGUCUAAAAUUAUCAUAAUAUUUGGAAGCAUAAGUGACAGAAGCACUUGAGGAAAUUAGUGCAUUGAUGUUUUUAUCAUUCAUUUUUAGAAUUGGUUUUGAAAAAUGAACACAAAUAGUUAUCAAAUGUAAACAGUAUUUUGAAGAGACUUUGAUAUUUUCAGAAUCCGCCAUCUUACCAAUGUGUGCCAUGCAAUUCAUAUCUUUCAUGUUGUUAUACUGUUACAUAUUGGUGUCAGAAUUUCAUAUAAAAAAUUGGUCAAUUUU